AUGAAGCUGCAGGCCGUGAUGGAGACGCUCCUGCAGCGGCAGCAACGCGCGCGCCUGGAGCUCGAGGCCCGGCAGCCCCCCGAGCCCCCCGCGCCCGCCGUCCCACCGGCCCCUCGCGCGCGCCCGGCCCCCGACGAGGACCGAGACCCCGAGGGCGCACGGAUGCAGCGCGCGCAGAUGGCCGCGCUGGCCGCGAUGCGGGCGGCCGCUGCGGGCCUGGGCCACGCGGCCAGUGCCAGUAGCUCGGAGGACGAGGGCGCGGCCGCUGAGCCCAGGGACACCCCGAGUCCUGACGCGCAGGGGCACGGCGCCGCUGAAGGCGACCGGGCGGAGCCCUCGGAAAAUGAGGGCUCGGAGGAUGAGCUAAAGCGGAAGUGGGAGGAAGAGGAAGAUGAAGAGGAGGAAGAAGAGAUGGAGGAAGACGAGGAAGACUAUGAGGAAGAGGAUGAGGAAGACGCCCCAGGCCCUGCGGCCCUAUACCCCCGCAAAGCUCAGCCCCCCCAGACGUACCGUAGCGGCGGGGACGGCCCCCGGACACUGGGUGCUCAGGAGCGUCCAGGGGCCGGGUCAGCCACACCUGGGGGGGCCGCCCACGUGUUCCCCGCGCUGCAGCCACCCGACCAUGGAGACUGGACCUAUGAAGAGCAGUUCAAACAGCUCUAUGAACUGGAUGGAGACCCCAAGCGGAAGGAAUUCCUGGACGACCUGUUCAGCUUCAUGCAGAAGCGAGGGACCCCCGUGAACCGGAUCCCAAUCAUGGCCAAGCAGGUGCUGGACUUAUUCAUGCUGUAUGUGCUGGUGACAGAGAAGGGCGGCCUGGUGGAAGUGAUCAACAAGAAGCUGUGGCGAGAGAUCACCAAAGGCCUCAACCUGCCCACCUCCAUCACCAGUGCCGCUUUCACCCUACGCACACAAUACAUGAAGUACUUGUACCCCUAUGAAUGCGAGAAACGGGGCCUGAGCAACCCCAACGAGCUGCAGGCGGCCAUCGACAGCAACCGCCGGGAGGGCCGGCGGCAGAGCUUCGGGGGCUCCCUCUUUGCCUACUCGCCUGGCGGUGCCCACGGCAUGCUGUCCUCACCCAAGAUGCCAGUGCCCUCUCUGGGUUUGGCUGCCAGCACCAACGGCAGCGCCAUCCACCCAGCCCCCAAGAUCAAGAAAGAGGAGGAUUCAGCCAUUCCCAUCACAGUCCCCGGCCGCCUGCCUGUCUCACUGGCAGGCCACCCAGUGGUGGCGGCCCAGGCUGUAGCUGUGCAAGCUGCCGCCGCACAGGCAGCAGUGGCAGCACAGGCGGCCGCCCUGGAACAGCUUCGGGAGAAACUGGAGUCUGGGGAACCCCCAGAGAAGAAGAUGGCCCUGGUGACAGAUGAGCAGCAGCGACUCAUGCAGAGGGCGCUGCAGCAGAACUUCCUGGCCAUGACGGCCCAGCUGCCCAUGAGCAUCCGAAUCAACAGCCAAGCCUCCGAGAGCCGCCAGGACGCAGCCUUGAGCGUGACCGGGCCCAACGGCGGCAACAGUAUUAGCAUGUCCGUGGAGAUUAACGGGGUCAUGUACACAGGAGUGCUGUUUGCCCAGCCUGCAGCACCCACGGCCCCCUCGGCCCCCAAUAAAGGAGGCAGCCGGGGAGGGUCCAGUGGAAACAGUGGAAGCGGUGGUGGCAGCAGCAGCGGCGGCGGCGGCAGCGGCAGCGGCAAAGGGUGGGAGCUUAGCUGUGUAGUGAUGGCGGGGACCCCCAACUCCGUCAAAGAGGGCCUCAUCCCCGUCUCGAAGCUGGCCAGGGCUGGUCCCUUCUGCCCUGCUCAGUGCUCCAGCCCCAAAUCGCCCCAGGGGAAGGGAGGAGGGGAAGGAGAGGGGCCUGCAAGGGGGCCGGAACUCUUGCCAGCUGCCAGGCCUGCUGCGGGUCCCACCCGGCUCCCACCCACCCGCCUGCCCCCUCCUCCCCAAGGCCUGGACUGUGGAAACUUCCAGGCCACACCUCCCCCACCACAGCACAGAAGGGCCCUGCCCAUCACGCCCUGGGACCUUUGCAAGCAAGCGUCUCUGCCCACCUUCAUCUCCAGGUUUGUCAAGUCCCUUCUCUGGGAAGCCCCUCCCCAGACCCCCAAACCAGGCGGGUCCUGGGCUGGAGCACUCCCCCUCACCCCUUCCCUUGCUGAGCACUACCCAGAGAGGAGGACGCGUCCGAACGCAAACUCCCCGAUCCCCCUGGACGAUGAUUAA